UUUUCGUGGGUGCAGCAAUGUACCAAAAAAGUGCAAAAGUUUAACAUUUGUUUACGUAAAUAUAUAUUUUUUCGCAUAUGUAGGUUCUUUAGAAAAAAAAAUUCUUACAAUUUUGUGGACUCCACUGUCUAUGCGGUGGUAAAGGUAUCGCGUGGCAGAAUAUAUCGAAUGGACAAUUGCGAGAGUGGUAUGAGAAUAAUGAGUCUGCGGACAAAAAGCAAGUGUCUUAUGUCCCAUACUUACUGUGAUCGCGAUUAAUUUCUUUCUGAUUUGUUGCAAUUUUUAGCGCGAGCUGCGAUCAUUAAUACGCACAGGUGAAGUUGUUUUCAAGUGCUUCCUGUAUCCAAACGAAGUCGACGAAUUUCCAUAUGUCUCUACGGACGACGUGAAAAAACUUUGAUGGAGUUACUGUCAACAAAAACUGUGAACAAUUGUGGCACGGUAUUAAAAACAAAAUUGAAUAUGGUCGUCUUGGAUCAUUCACUUUAUGUGCCAGAAUUGAAAACACGCGGAGAUUUUUUGACUGCUUGGGAUGGAAUCUCUUCGAUGCAAUUUGGAUUGUCGCUGACGUGGACAGCCGCGAGAACGAGAGAUAUAUCAUUUUCCGAUGUCUCGAAGCUAUUCAAUAGCCAGCCGGCGAGAUUGUGCGGUCUCGAAUACCGCAAAGGUCGUUUAUUGGAAGGUAUGGAUGCGGAUUUCGUUGUUUGUAAUCCAGACAGCACUGUUAAGGUCAGUUUUAUUUACAUUGCAUAAAUCUUGAACAAUAUGGAAUAAUCUUCUUUAGGAGUAUAUCAUAAAAAAUGUUUCGUUUCUUGAUCGAGAUAGA